CGCGCCGUUCCCAUGGAAACAUGGUCUUCCGCUGCAGCGAUUGCUACUACGAAGCAAGGAAAACACAAACAACAAAGUAACUGGAGGGAAGCCGGUAGGUCAGCUCCUUGAUUGAACGGUCUCGCCUUCACAACUGCUUAAAGAGCAAAAGAAAUGGACGCCACGAAGAAGCCGCUACGGAUUUCUCCAGAGCUCGGCGUUUAUGCAGAAAAGCACUGUGUGUUUCAAACACUUCAGAGAAUGCUGCAGUGCCUACUGGUGGAUAAGCCACAGGAUCCCAUUCAGUAUAUGAUCGACCAUUUUAAAAAGGAAAAUGAUGAAGUUCCCCGGGUAUUUCUGCUGGGUCCGCCUGUUUCAGGGAAGCUUUCUAUUGCCAAGAUGCUGUGUGACCAGAUCAACACAAAUCUCAUCACCUUGGAUAAUAUGCUAGCUGAAGGGAAAUCUGAGACUGCUGAUGAAAUUAAAAAAUUAAAAGCUAAAGCUCAGGAUAUUCCCAAUACACUAUGGGCAAAGCUGAUCCUAGAACGGCUGUCAAAAACGGACUGCAUCAAACGGGGCUGGGUGCUGGUGGACUUCCCCAGAACACGGGAGCAGGUAAUGGCAAUACAAGAAAUAGGAAUUGCACCAGAACAUGUUGUCAUACUUGAUGCUCCUGAUACUGUGCUAAUUGAGAGAAAUUUGGGGAAAAGAAUUGACCCAGUCACCAAAGAAAUAUAUCAUACAAUUUUCAACUGGCCAACAUCAACCAAGAUACAGAAUCGUCUGGAGAAACCUCUUGAGAUAACCGAGGAAGAAACUGUAAAAAGAUUAUUGGAGUACCGCCGAGUCAGUCAUGGGGUAUUGAAUAGCUACAGUAAAAUAUACCAUAUCAUUAAUGCUGAUCAGCCUAGUGUUGAUGUCUUUUCACAGGUUCUGAGCCAUGUCCAAAGCCGGCAUCGAUCCGUUGCCCCCUACACACCAAGAAUCAUUCUCCAUGGACCCCCCGGCAGUGGUAGAAGCCUGCAGGCAGAAAUGAUUGCUGAAAAAUACAGGAUUGUUAACGUUUCUUCUGGACAGUUACUAAGGGAGGCUGUCGCUGCUGAGACAAGAUUUGGUGAAACCAUUAAACCCUAUGUUGAAAGUAGGCAGCCAGUUCCAGAUGUUAUGGUCAUGAAAUGUGUCGCUCAAAGGCUAAGUAAACUGGACUGUUCCACUCGGGGCUGGGUGAUGCAUGGAUUUCCUCAAGAUUUGGUACAAGCUGAAAUGUUAAAAGAUGCAGGAUUCUUAGCAAAUAGCAAGUGUGCCUCAUGUCAGUGGAGGAAGGAGUGGUGGGUCAGCCCAGACAGAUGGGAUGAAAGUUUCUUCUCCCUCUGGGUUUUCUUCCUGGAAGUUCCAGAUGAUGCUGUCAUUGAGCGUCUUUCAAUGAGAAUGGUUGAUCCAGCCACAGGUAAAAGAUAUCAUUCCAUCUACAAACCAGCACCAAAUAGUGAAGUUUAUGGUCGCUGCAAAGUAAAUCCUAAGGAUUUUGAGGAAAACGUGCAGAAAGCACUGGAAGUGUAUCAUGCCAAUAUCUCUGAGUUGGAGCAAUUCUACAAACCUGUAAUUCGUGUGAAUGCAGACCAGGACCCUCACACAGUAUUUGAAUACAUUGAGAGCUGUAUCAUCAAACCUUUGCCUAAGCAAACAAAUGUCUUUAUUUGAUAAGACGGUUUCUCUAAUACCUUUACUUCAGUUUGUAGUCAUUAUUAUUAAAUUUCACUGUAAGUCAUUUACUGAACAAUAAAACAACUUACCCCAAGA